AUGGAUUCUUCUUCUAGGUGAGUUAAACUUAUUAUUUUUAUUUAAAAUUAAUUAAUUUUGAUUAGUAAAAUCAAUUUUUUUUUUUAGAAAGAGAUAAAGAUUCUUUAUUUAUCAUUUUGAUUUGAUUGUACAGAAGGAAACUAUUUUGAUUUUUCCCUCCUAAAUGUGUUUUUCUGUUACUUUUUCAGAUAAAAAUAUUUCAUUGCUAAUUUUUGCAUCAUUUUCACAAGCACUUCAUUUAUUUCUAUUGUUUAAAUAAAUUAGUUGGGUUACUUAUUAGGUUAUUAUAACUAGAAAUAAGUGGAAUUCUUGUGAUUAUCCAUACAAAUUAUUUUUUUUAACGAUAAUAAAUCUCAAUAAUGGUAAAAUAAUUGUUAGAAUACUGCCAAUUUUUUUACACCAAAUUCAUCUUGCAUAUUUUAGAAGUGAUAAAAAAAAGCUUUUAUUUUAUUUUGUUAUAUGCACUUAUUACAAUACUGUUUAUAUUAAUUUUAAUUAAAUUUGAUUCAAAUAGAUAUGUUUUUUCUAAAUUAAUUUAAUUUAUAGUUCAGAUUUAGAUAAUACUAAUUCAAUCUUGUAUAAAAUGUAUGCAUAUUCAAAACAAGGGAUUCUUAAAAUUAAAAACAAUCUGGAUGUUAUCUACGGAACAAAUUCAGAACAAAAAAAGCUAAAUAUGAAUCUGCUUUAUAAACACAUAUCUGUAAGUUAUUAAUAUUGUAUAUCUAAAUAAUAUAAUAUUGUAUAUUUGUUAGCUCAAUAGUUAUUUUCAAUUAAAUAACACAAUUGUUUUUAUUUUUAGCGGUUUUUUGAUGAGUUAGUUUUGGAAUCUGACAAAGACAAAAAUGCAAUCAUUAAAAAUAUUGAAAAUUUAUUAUCUGAAAAGGAAAUUUUAGAAACAGUAAGUCUAGAUAUUCUUUAUUAUAAAAUUUCAAUCCCAAAUUGUUAUAUCUACAUUAAUAUAAAUAAUAAUACUAAGUGUUUUUUAUUACUUUAGGAAGAUUUCUUUUUAUAAUUAUCAAUCUGUCUUGCUUGGCUUUGCCUGUGCAAUAAAAAAGUUUCUUAAUAAUGUUGAUAGAUAAAUUAUUAUUAUAUUAUAUUACUAUAGAUAUCUGCACAGUAGAGAUCAGCACAGGCCGUUUUUUCGGCCCGAUCCGGCCCAAAACUUAAACUUAUAAAUUGUCCUCGUCCAGGCCCGGUCCAUAUUUUAUUUUUUUUAAGUCUAGCCUGAUCAAGCCCGUUUGUAAAUAAAAAUAUACAUUGACUUUAUUUCCUUUCAAUAUUAACUUAGUAGACAAAAACAUUUCAUAAAAACAAUAAAUAUAUUAUAAAGAAAAGUAUGCUAAAUUUUAUUAAAAUUUAAAUAUAAUUCUAAACCUGCCAAUUAAUUAAUUAAUAAUAAAAUAUAAUUAAAAUACAGAAAUCAACUUAUAAUAAUUACAUUUUAUUUUUGUAAAAAUCAUUUAAAAACAAAAAGGAGUUUACAGUAUCACCUUUGAAAAUAAUAAAAUGAUUAAAUGAAAAACAUAGCCGCACAAUAAUAAAGAUAAAACUGUAAAAUAUUGUUGGUAUAUAUUAUUAAUUUUACCAGUGAUCUAUUUAUAAAUAUCAUACAGUCUAGUAUUAAAAUUAUUUAUAGAUAUAGAAUACAUAAUGUUACAAAUUAAAUUAAUUAGUUUUAUUUUUGACUAACCCGGCCCAAUGAAUAAUAUUACGAUCCCACCUAUAACCAACUCGAAAUAUUUAAAUUAUGUUCCGGCCCGGUGUGGGUUGGGCCGGGUCGGGCUGGCCCGGCCCGUGCUGAUCUCUACUGCAUAGCACUAGUUUUGCAAUACAAAAAUUUAUAACAAUGUUUUUUUUUCAUCCUUAUUACCAAGGUAACAGGUAUCUGUUCACUGUUAGCAUAUUUUUAACUUUUAUUAUCUCUACUACUGUAAUACAUCAUUUAUAGACAUGUGUAAUAUGCAUUAUGUACAUAAUCACUUCUUUUUAAUUAUUUUAUACAUGUAUUUUAUUUUUAUUAAUUUGGUUAUUGUUUUUUCAUUUAGGAACUUAAUACCCAUAUUGUGAUUAAAAGUCAAAAUAAUGAUAUGCCUUUAAUUGCUCUUCAAAUAAAUAUUGAAACUGCAUUGCAAGAUUAUAGAAACAUAAAAUUAGAAUAUAUGAAUGAACUUCAUAAACUCCAAGAAGAAGUAUUAUCUUAGUAGAAGUCUUAUAUUAAAUUGAGUUGUGUUAUUUGUUUUAUAUUUAUUAAAAAAUUAUAAUAUUAUGUUUAGGAAAAACAAUUAUGUGAAAUACUCAAUAUGAAACCAAAAUACUCUGAAUUUAAAGCUACCCCUUGUAUAGCCCAAUUAGAAUGCAUUAAAGAUUAUCUUGUUGAUUUGAAAAAUACCAAGGUACUAUUUCUUAUAAUAUAGUAAUGGUUUGUAUUAAAUAGAUAUUAUUUAUUGUGUGGUUAAACUUGUAUUUAGAAUAAACGUUGGGCCACUUUUUUGAAACAAAAAUCUAAUGUUGAAUCAAUAUUCAGAGCAUUGGGAGACAUACCAAUUUUACAGUUUGAUAAAAUGGUGUUAGGUGAUCCAAAUCAGUUUCAGCUGUCUGGAUCUAACAUGCAUGCACUUCAAGUAAAAUGCAAACCUCUUUAAAAAUAUAUUUUAGACCAAUGCAAAUUAAAAUUUAUUUUUUUUAGCAAUUACUAAAUCGUUUAAAUGAUCAAGUGGAGAAUCAAAAAUGUAUUGCAAUGGAAUUAAGAACAAAAUUAAAUUCAUUAUGGGAUCUCUUGAAAAUUGAUAUGAGUUAUAGAGUCAAUUUUGUUAAUUCUAAAAAAGGUUAUGACAAAAAUGUCAUUGAUCAGGUAUAUAUAGGAUUAAACUUUUUGUCUAUUACAACUAUUACAUUUUUAUUGAUAUUUUAAAAUAAUUAAAAUUAUAUUAUCUAGUCUCAAAUUAAUUGCAAUGUAAUCAACUAUUUUAAUUUUUGAAUUAACACACAUAUUAUAUAGCUUAAAAUGGAAAUUUCAAAAUGUGAGAAGUUAAAAAAAAAAAAUAUUGCUCUAUGUAUUGAAAAUUUACGUGGAGAAAUAAAUUAUUUGUGGAAUAAAUGUUAUUUUGGCGAAAAGCAAAAGAAAGAAUGUCAUGUUUAUUUUAUGGAAAAAUCAAUUAAUAAAGAGUACAAUGAAUAUCUUAUAGAAUUAUUGGAAAUUGAAGUUGAUCAGCUUAAGAAGUUCUAUGCUGAUAAUUCGUAAGAAUAACAGUAUUUUCAUUCAAAACAAAUUUAAAAUAUUCUAAAUAAUUAAACAUAAUUGUUUUGGUUUUUUUUUUUAGUUCCAUCUAUUAUUUAAUCGAAGAAAGAAACCAUUUAUGGAAAAAGAUGUUAAUGAUACAAAAACUAACUAAUGAUCCAACUAGAUAUUGGCAAAAUAGAGGUGGGCAAUUGUUAAAAGAAGAAAAAGAAAGAAAGAUUAUACAAAAGGUAAAUCAAAUUUAUCUUUUACUAGUUAUUCUACAAACUGAAAUUGAUUUAUUGUUUCACAUAUUUGUUGGGUUCUUUUUCUUUGUAUAGGAACUACCUCGAGUCGAACAAGAAUUAAAAAGUUUAUUACAUUCCUUUGAAGAACAAAACGGUAAAUCUUUCCUGUACUACGAUGAAAAAUUAAUACAUUUUAUCGAUAAUCAAUGGGAUGAAAUGAAAAGUAGUAGAGAAUUUUUACAACCAACUAAGGUAGUUAUAUAGAAUAAUUUAAUAAUAAUACAAUAACCUGUAUUUAAUGUAAGAAUUUCUCCAAAUAACAGACUGGAGUCAAGCCUCAAACACCUCUUUUAACAACCCCUUGCAGCAGGAAGAAUAUUGUUACUCAAACUAAAAAUCAAACUUGUAGGUUUACUACAAAUGGAAACAAAUCCUAUAGUGCCCGCCAGUUUGUUGAGCGUAACAAUGCUAUGGUAAUGAAAUAAUUGAACAACACUUAUUGUUGGAUUUUACUGGAAUUUUUAUUUAAUUGUACUUAUAUAGGUAUUUUAGGUAUUUAGACUGUAUUUAUCAGAUAAGACUUGUUUAUCUAGCUGUAACAUAAAAAAAAGAGAUAGUACUGCUGAACUGUUGUCACUUGCUACUGUUGUAGGUGGGAAGUUGGUUAGGUAGGCACCUUUCUACUGACUCACCACUAUACCUAAACCGACAUUGUUUAUUCAUUUUCACCACGAGAUCUUUUUUUUUUCAUUUAGGGGUACUUCAUAUUAAAAGUACCACUUUCUGAUUUUUGAAUAAAGUAUAGUUUAGUGAGAUUUAGUGAUAGGAGAUUGAAUUUAAUUCCAACAAAUUUGGUUUGGUACCUCAUUCCCAAGUUCCCACCAUAGUUUGACACCAUUCAAUUGAGAAUUAGUUGAGAAUUCAUUGAUCACUACCAAACUUUAGGAUUGGUUCCUAGGGAAUGAAUGGGAAAAAGAUCUAAUGAACAUUUUAAAGCGAAAUCCCCUAUCAUUUAUGAAUCCUUCCCAUUGAUACUAAAUUUGGUGAAAAUGAACAAGAGGUACCCCAGGGACCAUUUCCAAAGUUUGACAGUGAUCAUACAAAUUCCAGGUUAAUUCCCUUGAAAGAGAUUUUAUGAUGUCAAACAUAGGUGGCUGUUCACUCAUCCACUUUAUGACAUCACACAGAUAUCAAUUCUCAUAAUCUCCUGGGAUAAUAAUUUUUUUAACACAGGAUUUUUUCAAAAUAUGAUUAAAAUUCUACAUUACAUUUAAAUUCUUUAGUUCUUAAUUCCGAUUUGAAAUUAAUUAAUCAGGUUACCUAUUGGUUUAUUAUUUCCAAAAAUUAGUGAAAUUCUUGUAAUUUUAUAUUUUUACCAAAAAGUAAUCUGAAAAUACUACUAUGCAUUAGUUGUAUAUAAAUUAAUAAUUUAAUGAAGUAAUUUAUUAAAAUAUUUAAAUGAUUACUUUCAAAUGUUGUAUUUCAUAAAUUACACAAUUAGUCUUAAUUGUAAAUUUAUUUAUUUUAGACAAUCCCAAGAAGAGAACUAACUCAUCAAAAUAAUAAUGCAGGAACAUUAGUACAACUCACCUCAACUCCAUUUAAUAAUCCAAAGUUAACAUCUACUCCACAGUCUCCAACAUUUGAUGAAAAUGGAUUAGCAGGAUCCUACAAAGCGUUCCAGGUACGUUACAUGAGACAAGCCUUUAGUUUUUUCUAUGGCUUUGUUUCACCACUACAAUAGUGCUUAUUUUCUAAAACAAAAUUCAUUUUUUUUUUAAUGUAUAUUUUCAAUAAAUUAUAAUUUUCCAUGCUGUUGUAAAAUUACCUAAUAUAUUAAAUAUUAAUUUUUUACCUUGCAAUUGCUUAUUACGAUAAAUUAUUAUUAUUUUUUUUUAUUUCAAUUUAUCUAAAAUAUAAUUUUUUAAAUGUUUCAGAAACACCAGAAAUUUAAAAAGCGAUUGUUAUUUACAAGUGAAUUGAGAGAACAAAAUACCAAACAACCACAGAGACCAUUAAUGGAAACUCCUAUAAAAAGAUCUCAGAUUCCAAUAUCUACCAAAUCUAAAACAACACCAAAUACACGCUACUUUACUCCCAGUAUAAAAACAUUGAAAAACAAUGUAAACUAA